UCACGGAAGAGAUUCUGCUGUCCUACUAGUUUGGCAAGUUCCCUGGGCUCAAAGCGGCGUAGAAAGGCGGAGAAGAGAGCAGAAACUCACAUUUACGCACAUUUAUACACUUCAGUUGUCCCGCAGACGGUAAACGAGAGAGAAGUCAUGGAGUCUGCAAUUCAGACCAUGGUGAAGGUCUUCCUGAAGUCAACCAAGGGGAAGGAGAGUCUCGGGCAGAGUCAAUUCCAGGGCCUCGUCAAGAGCCAGCUCUCCAACAUCCUCUCGGACACAGAAAGCAAGGAGGCAGUCAAAAACAUGGGCCAGGGACUGGAUGCCAACAAAGACGGCAAGGUCGGUUUUGAGGAGUACUUGAAGCUGGUCGGCUACCUGGCAGUGUCGCUCAGCGAUCAGCGCAACCUUGCCAAAGAGGAGCCCGCCCAAAAUGCUGCAUCCGGACAGGUGGCACAAUGCACCCCGGACAAAGAGGAGGAGAAGCCAGAGGCGAAGGCAGAGUCAAAGGCAGAGUCAAAGGCAGAGGCGAACCCAGAGGCAAAGGAGGAACCAAAGCCAGAAACCACUAAUGACGCAAAGAUAGAAGCAGUUGCUGAAGUAAAGAAAGAAGAUAAUGCAGGAGUAACCGUAGAAAUAAAGUCAGAUGGCGAGACGCAGCCUGAGGCAGCGAAUGUGGAGGAGAAGGCAGCAAUGGCGGCGGAUAUCACGAAGGAGGCAACGGCGGGAUUGGAAGUGUUUGGGAAAUCAGAGGAGAUCGAAAUGGAAAUGGAAAAGGUGGAGAAAAUUGUAGAGAAGGAGGCUGCAGCUGUGGAGGAAGAAGUGGAGAAGAAGAUUGAGGAGGCAACUUCAUAGGGGACAAUCCAUUCAUUCGCUAAAAAAAAAAAAAAAAAAAUCGCACUACUCACUUGCAUUCAACACUACACAAAACGCAGCAUUAAUGUCAAAAUAACUUGGUAAGCCACUGAAGAAUUUCUUUCAAAUUCACUUUGAACUACAAAAUAUGGAUAAAAGUUCGAACACUACAAGCCCAGCUCCAUUCCUCAUAUAUGAUAAAUAACAUAUGUAAAUUACAUUAGAAUCAUUGCUUUGCACCACUACUUACCACUAUGUUCAUAUGUACAGCAUAUGCAUUCCACUAUAUAGCACAUUUACCUCAUUAUGAUACUAUACUAUGAUAGCAUGCAGACGUACACUAUCAUAUGCAUGCCAUAUCUCUGUGAAAAGUUUACUGCAAAAUAUGAUUUACCUGCAGCAGCCACACUGACAUGCGUGACCAAAAUGUCCCUGCACCCAAGAUGUUAAGUUUGAAUACCGUCCACUACCCACUUUUAUCUUAAUCUGGGUCUCAUUUUAAACUCUUAACACUACUUAAUACAUUGGUCCCUGGUAAGACAUCAUGCUAAGCACUAAUGGCUUAAAGGAAUAGUUUGACUUUUGGGAAAUAUGAUAAUUAGCUUUCUUAAUAGAUGAAACGAUCGACACCACUGCUGUAAUCGUCCAUGCAGUAUGAAGCUACAGCCAUUAGCCAGUUAGCUUACUUUAGUAUAAAGACUGGAAACAAGGGGAAACAGCUACAAUGGCUCUGUCAAAGAUGUAACAUUUUAAUUCGCAAGCUUUAGAGGUGGAUUUUGUUACAUUUGAACAGAGCCAGGCUAGCUGUCUCCCCGUUUCCAGUGUUUAUGCUAGGCUAAGCUAAUCAUCCGCUGUAGCUUAACAUUUACCAUACAGAUCUGAUUGGUAUCAAUCAUCUAUGCUAACUCUCAGCAAGAAAGCUAAUCAUUUCACAAAAUGUUAACCUAUUCUUAUAAUGUUUGCAUGAAAAUCACUAACACAUUAACACUAUUUUUUUUUCCACAUUCUCAUCUUUUAACUCACAUUGCUAUGGAGAUGAUUUGGCAUGACAAUAAACAAAUUGUUUUGCUAAAGAUUUGCAUUACUUCUACCCUUUUUAAUUGUGUACACUGUCUAUGCCCCACCUAUCUACUUUAUAAACUACAGUAUAUUCCCUUGAAAAGUCAGCCAUGGAUUAGGAACUGGAAAUUAAAGUCUGGCCCUAUAGGCUAAAUAAUUAAGGUUCGAGGAAUUGAAUCCACACCAAAUGACCCCUAUGGUCAAAAGGGAGCCUAAAAUAGUCCCAUGGGAGUGGGUGGCUAGAGGAGUCCACCAGAGAAGGCAUUCAUGCAACCUAAUCCACCUGGAUUAGAGCUGGUAGAAAAGAACAAGACAACAAACACCAUGAAGUAAAAAAGAAGAAGUCUAUAACAGGUGUCACCUGUUGGCAGGUUUUAUCUUAAGUGCUUUACAAUGCAAUUAGUGCAUCUUAAUUUGUUAUGUCUUCCAAACCAUAUGGCAUUUCAAUGGCUAUUGAUCCAUAAAUUUGCUGGAUGGUACAUUAUCUUGAGCGACUCCUUGUAGAACAGGAUUGGAGUGACAGAAACCCGGCUUUUAAAAAGAAAUUUGCUAAUUGUUGCUUGUUUGCUGCUUGUUUAGGCUCGCAUGUUUGUUUGUCGGUUACACCCUCAUACAGUUUAAAGACCCUGUUUGACCUGCAACUGGAUCCUUGAGUCACAGGCAUUGGGAAACCACUGGAUUAGGCAUUUGAGGGGUAACACACCCUGGGACACAAACAAUUACAUGAAAGUAAUCCCGGGCUCCAGUGAUCCUGCCCAUCACACCAGGUGCUUCUUUAAACCCAAAAAAAGAAUACUGAGCCAUCAAUAUGAAUCUAUGUAGUGUAAUAGUACAACAUUCUACUACAUAAGAUGUUGCAUGUUAUCAGAAACAUAUUGGUUAUUAUUUACAUUGUAUUGCAAUUAUUGUGGCCAAAUAUUUAAGUUCGACACGGCCUCCUUAUAUGUAACUUUUUAACCUAACUCUUUCUUGUUUGUACCACUAUGGAGAUCACUUGAAGACGUAUUGCUUUGUCACAUUAUAUGCAAUUUGUUAAUUACAAUUUAAUGAUUUGUAAGUUGUCUCCUCAUCAAUAAUGCAGCCAUGAGAAAAAGGCUCGCGUUGCAGGCCCGCUGUGUUAUAUGUACCUGGCCGGCCUCGUCGUGCUUAAGGCACACACAUUUUGGGCACAAUACCAAAUGUGCACCUUAUGCACUGUAUCAGCACCUGGCACUGCAAACAGCUUUGCAGCAAAAUGGGCAAGACAAAUAAAACCUGUGAGUCAUGUGGUCACCCGGCCUCACUGCGACACUCCCAUUGUAAAUACUCUCUCAUUUACACUCACUCUGCUCAGCCUUUAUACUCUUAGUACGCUGUGUUUCCUGCAUGCUUUAUUACUAACAAACUUACUGGACAUGUUGGGCUAUUUAGUCUAUAUUAUGAUUUCAACCUAUAUUCUUUUUAUAUCAAAACAUUUUUCUAAUCAUGGUACUUCCAGUGCAUAAUGGAGACAUAUCACACACUUAAUGGAGACAUAUCACACAUGGAGACAUAUCACACUCCAGUGCAUAAUGGAGACAUAUCACACACUAUCUUUGCUCUCAACCAACCGUCAUAACUGGAUAAAGCAAAAUUCACUUUCCUGGCAUUUCAAAAAAUGUACUUGUCUUUCACUAUCAACAGAUUUAGCGUGAACACACCUUAAUUAAACAUCAUUAGGAAAUUAAUAUAUAACAGAUAACGCUUUCUUUUUUAAUCUAUUUGGAACCGCAGACGGACCGAGUGAACUGCGGAACUAAGUUAUCUUACUAACAAAGAGGGUUGAACGGUCCCUUAGUGUGAACCCCACCCAGCCUUAACUCCUCGUAGAUUAAAAACAUGCUGGAACGAAACAGCAGAUUUGUGGCAGGGAGUGUUUGCAGCCAGAUUUUCAUUGACACACAAUAAGUCCCAUUCAUUCUUUGACAGGGAAAGAUAAAAGCAUCUGUUAAGAAGUGUACAUACAAGUAUAUGGAUGUGCUUUGGGUCAAAAUGUCUGUGAUAAUGGGACCAUUCCCAGGGUAUUGUGCAGGCUCUCAUCAUUGUGCAUUGAUGUACUCAUUGUGCAUUGAUGUUUAGCAGUUGGGCUCAAUGCAGUCCGCUGUCAUGUCCAGUAAACUACACUAUACUGGUUUUUCAACUUCAUACGCAAUGCUGUAUCAUUUUUGCUAAUUCUAUGUAACAUGUUUAAUGGCUAAUAUUGAAUAAAACU